AUGGGGGAUAUAGAUGCAAAAAUCAAGUCUAUUAAUGACAAAAUUAGAAAAGAGGAACUAAUGAGACAAGCAGCUGUAAGAGUAAAGUCUCAAACUUCCAAUACAACAGUACAAACUCAAUGUGAGAGCAAUAUUGAGAAUGCUUCAAGAUAUAUUGAAUAUCUAACAAAAGAAAUGGAAAAAUUACAAUUAAAGCAAAGAAACAGUUUUUCAACAACUCCACAAUCACAACUCAUGAAAUGUGCUUAUUGUGAAGAAUUAUUUGUUAACGAGGGGUUUCAAUGUGAUGAUUGUAAAUUAACAUGUCACAAAAGAUGUUAUACAAAGAUUGUUACAAAAUGUAUUGCAAAAUCAAAUGCAGAGAUGGAUUCUGAUUACAAACAACUUAGUCAUCGGAUUCCACAUCGAUUUGAUAAUCUUACCAAUAUUUAUGCAAAUUGGUGUUGUCAUUGUGGUUACAUAUUACCAAUAGGAAAAAAAGGAUCUAAAAGAUGUUCUGGUAAAUAUUAA